CGUAACGGGCUUUAACAACAAGGAAGUGGCUGGGCUAGCCAGAGGACUGCUACAAACAUGGCACCGAGUGGGUUGAAGGCGGUUGUAGGAGAAAAAAUCCUUAAUGGGGUUAUUAAGAGUGUGAAGAAGGAUGGAGAAUGGAAGGUUCUUAUUGUGGAUCACAUGAGCAUGCGAAUUCUGUCCUCCUGCUGCAAGAUGUCUGACAUUUUGGCAGAGGGUGUGACCAUUGUGGAGGACAUCAACAAACGUAGGGAGCCCAUCUCUAGUUUGGAGGCCAUUUAUUUGAUUUCCCCUGUGGAGAAGUCUGUUCGUGCUCUCAUUAACGACUUCAGAGAUGCUGCCCUUACUUACAAAGCAGCACAUAUCUUCUUCACUGACACUUGUCCAGAUGGUCUCUUUGCUGAAAUUGGGAGAUCAAGAGUUGCCAAGGUCGUCAAGACUUUAAAAGAGAUCAAUGUUGCUUUUCUGCCAUAUGAGUCUCAGGUGUUCUCACUGGAUGACCCAACCUCCUUGCACACCUUCUAUAGUUCUAAACCAAGCGGAGACAGAGACAAAAUGAUGGAAAAUCUGGCAGAGCAGAUUGCGACCCUGUGUGACACGCUUAAGGAGUACCCUGCAGUCCGUUACCGCAAGGGACCAGAGGAGAAUGCUAGACUGGCCGAGGAGGUCCACCAGCGCCUUAUAGCUCACAAAGCUGACAACCCAAGUAUGGGAGAGGGUGCAGAUAAGGCACGGUCCCAGCUAUUGAUUGUCGAUCGUGCGUUUGAUCCCAUCUCUCCAAUUCUACAUGAGUUGACCUUCCAGGCAAUGGCCCAUGACUUGCUUGAUAUUAAACAGGACAUCUAUACUUAUCAGACAACUGGCAUUGGGAAUUCAAAAGAGAGAGAAGUGUUACUGGAUGAAGAUGAUGAGCUCUGGGUGCAGCUCCGACAUAUGCACAUCGCAGAUGUUACUAAGAAGGUGACAGAGCUUCUUCGCAACUUUUGUGAGAGCAAGAGGAUGUGCACUGACAAUGCCAACAUAAAGGAUCUCUCUCAGAUAUUAAAGAAGAUGCCUCAGUAUCAGAAGGAACUGAGCAUGUACUCUACUCACUUGCACCUAGCUGAAGCUUGUAUGAAGAAAUUCAAGACCUCUCUUGAUAAGCUUUGUGAAGUGGAACAGGACCUGGCAAUGGGAGCAAAUGCAGAAGGGGAAAUUGUAAAAGAUGCCAUGAAGAGCAUUGUUCCUGUGCUCCUUGACAAAGAAAUCGAGGCCUAUGACAAAAUCCGCAUCAUACUGCUCUACAUAUUCCACAAGAAAAAAGGCAUCGGGGAGGAGAACCUUGCCAAGCUCAUCCAGCAUGCAAACAUACAGGCUGACAGCAACAUCAUUACCAAUCUGCAGAACCUGGGCUGUAGCAUUAUAGCUGGGGGCCGCAAUUCUGGGAAAACACUGCCUGAGCGGAAAGAGCGCACGGAGAGCACAUACCAGCUUUCUAGAUGGACACCCAUCAUCAAAGAUAUCAUGGAGAAUGUCAUAGAGGACAAACUGGACAAGAAGCAAUGGCCAUUCAUUUCUGAUCCUGCUCCUAUCAAUACAACUCGAACUGAAGUCAGCAGUGCACGUUUUGGACAAUGGCACAAAAGUAAAUCUCCAGUGGAAUAUCGCUCUGGGCCUCGGCUUAUUAUAUUUGUGAUUGGUGGGGUGUCGCACUCAGAGAUGCGUUCUGCUUAUGAAGUCACUCGAGCCACUGAUGGGAAAUGGGAAGUUCUGAUUGGAUCAUCUCACAUCCUGACUCCGACCAGCUUCCUUAAUGAUCUGAAGAGUCUGGACCAAGUUCCUAAUCCUGAUUGUUAGACUGUUUAUAUCUUGAACAGGUAGCACACUGGAAUGAGGGUUUGCUCUUUUCAUUUAACAUAAGUGGUUGCUGCUCUUCUUUCACAGCAGCUCUGACAUGAAACCUGAAGAGAAAUUUUAGAUGUAGCCAUGGAAGGACGCCUUCACAAAUCUUUAUUUCAUUUUAGAAUGCUCUUUUUAUUGUUUGAUGUGACUUGGAUUCUGUGUACUGCUUGAAAUUGCCUUAAAUAUUUAAUUAGACAUUAUUAUUUUACCAUUCUGAAUCAAUCUUAUUUUUGUUACUAUAUAUUUGCCUGAUUUGCAUAAUUGCAUGUAUAAAAUGCAUUACUUCUUCAGAACUGGGUCAUCACUUAUCAGAAGUUUUAUUCAAGUAUAGUGUAGAUGUAUGUAAGCCAGUAGCAGUAUGUAUGGUAUACUCAAUGACAUAAAUGUCUAAUACCCUUUUCCCUCUAGUACCCGAUCGCUGCUGGGAAGUUUAAUCUCAGACAAAAUGUCUUACCUGCUGUCUUAUGAUAUCUUGCAUAUUUACAUUAAUAUAUUGCUGGGAUUGAGUGGUGGGUGUUUGUUUCUUUGUUAAAAGUGAAUAAUAAAAGAAACUUAAUAUUCAGUCUAAAUUGUCUUGUGUGUAGUAUAAUACCACUCUUGUGUUGUAGUAUAAUGUAGACUGUCAAUUGCCUAAAAAGUUAUUGUGUAAUAAAACUAAUCCUCAACUUGUUGUCCACACACAAGCUUUCUUAUUUGCUAGUCCCAA